AUGCCUGAAAAAGGAGAUGCCAUUCGCUUCGUCAAGGGUACGUAUGCUGGCUACAAUGGUUGGAUGAAUAAGUCCAAGAGGACCAAGCCGAAGAGUCCGUAUCGCUAUGUGGUUGUGGACUUGAAGGACAGUCACGAAAAAGCAACUCGGGUGAAGUUAACCUCCAUCAAACCAAGGUUCGAAGCACCAAGGUGCUUUGAAGAAGCUGCCUUGCAGCAGUACGAGGACAUGGAACAGGCCAUGGUCCGUCUUGCUGAGUUGUUUGCUCAGUGCGGCAUUGGUGGUCCCCUAGGCGCCAUGCAGCUUUUUGAAGAAGAGCUCAACAGAGCCGUGAAGGUUCAACGGGAGCUUGGAAGCAAAGCUCGUUUCCGUCGUGUCGACUGGACCCAAAACUAA